AUGCUUACACAGAAUCGCGUCCGCGUCGCCGGAUUUUUGAAGAGGAAGUCCGGUAUCUCAAAAGAAGAAUUCACGCGUCGCUGGCCCCAGCAUGCCGAGCUAUUCAAAUCCACAGAAAUGUCAAAGAAUAUCCUCAAGUACGAACAGAUGCACGUGAAUGAGGAAACCAAUGCCUUGCUCAAGCAAAUGGGGGCCCAGACGUGCGACUGGGACGGUAUAGCAAUCAUGGAAGGCGAAUCAUUCGAGAAAAUUACGACGAACGAAGAGUACGAACGAGUUCUUGUACCAGACGAGUUGAGGUUCCUCGAUCGCGAGAAGACCCGGGUGGUGCCAUUGAAUUUUGGCGUAGACCUGAAAAGUAGGAAGACGUGAUGGUCAGUUCAGGUCAGUUCUGAUAAUUAAUGAUAUGUAAUGCAGAUAUGAAGAUCUCAUCUCAUACUAAAAUCUUGGGAUGAACUCGACUAAACAUACUUCUGGCGCACUGAUCUUGCACAUAUUGUGAUAACAUUGGCGCUGAAGAA